AACAGAAAAAUGCAAUUUUCCUAUUCCAUGUUUUUCCCCUCAAAAUCCAACUUCUCUCCUGUUCGCCCCACCCUCCCUCCGGUUCGCUGCGGCAUCCGCGAGCUCCGCCAACGAAUCCACACUGUCCAGACCACGCAAAAGAUCACCGAAGCUAUGAAGCUCGUUGCCGCCGCUAGGGUCCGUCGCGCUCAGGAGGCCGUCGUCAACGGCCGCCCCUUCGCCUCAAACCUCGCAGAAAUGCUGAACGACAUCACCCAGCGCCUAAAAAGCGACGACGUUUCCACCCCCGUCACUGAUGCCAGACCCGUCAAGACCGUCGCCCUUGUCGUUUUCACCGGCGACCGCGGCCUCUGCGGCGGUUUCAACAAAUGGGUAAUAAAAAAAGCCGUCACCCGAAUCGAGGAGCUGAAGAAACUCAAUCUGGGGGAGGUUUAUGAUGUGAAAGAUGAUGUUUUUAGGUUGAGUUCUAAGGAGGGGAAGCUGGCUGUGGAGAGGGAUGUUGUGAGGUUGAGGAAAGAGGGUGAGGUGUUUUCCCCUCUUAUGGAGUUUGAACAGGAUCCUGUUCUCAUUCUUGAUGCCAUGUUACCUCUUUAUUUGAAUAGUCAGAUUUUGAGGGCGUUGCAGGAGUCUGUAGCUAGUGAGCUUGCUGCAAGGAUGGGGGCCAUGGCUUCUGCCACCGAUAACGCUGUUGAAUUGAGUAAAAGACUUUCGGUUGAAUACAACCGGGAGCGGCAGGCGAAGAUCACAGGGGAGUUGCUGGAGAUUGUGGCUGGAGCCGAGGCUCUUACACCAAUUGACUUAUGA